AUGAUGCGAACACGACGAAUGGUCGGACAGAAGGCGCACGAGAUGAUGAAAGAAGAGAAGAAAAUGCUGGAGACGUUCAGCAAACGAGCGAAAGAACAAAAUGCAGAAUUCAUUGCGCGGACAACGGAAUAUCAUCGUGCGGAGAACAAAUAUGUGAUGUACGACGAGCCGGCACUUCUCGACAUGUACUGCGAGCUGACAAAACAUUUAAAAAAGGGACUUCUCCAAAUGUCGCUCGUCGAUUUUCUGACUGAAGAGAAGGGUGUUGAAGUGCAGUCGGACGAGACGGUGUCGCAGAUCGGGGAUCAACAAGAAGAACAAGUGGCUGAGCAGCAAGAUGAUGAGGAUGGGUACGAAGAACAGCAAAACGACGUCGAUUUCGAGCCGGCUCAAGUGGAAGUGGCACCAGCUGAAGAGUUACAAGAAGGAGAAGAGGAUGAAGAACAUGAAGAACAUGAAGAACAUGAAGAACAUCAACAAGAAGAACAUCAACAAGAAGCCGCCGAGCUCGAGUCGCCAAAGAAGAACGAUAAAGUGAAAGGGGUCCCCGAGCCAUUGAUGCCACAAACGCAAGAAAAUGUUCUGCGUCAAGACAACCGAGAGCGAGGCUCGCCACUACUCGGAGCAUUGUCGAUUGAGGACACCGAGAUGAUUGAAGAUGUCGUCGAGAUUCGCCGGCCAUCCAUUCACAAGGCCAUCCUAUCAUUGACUUCCCUUCCGCCACCAAAGCCUCCACGAGCCGAUAUGUCAACGACAACCGAUUCUCUUCUGCAGACGAGCACAGCUGCAAGCAGCUUCCAAAGUAUCAAGAGUGAUUGCUCGGAAAAUGUUCGACCUCGUAACGUUCGCGAAUUGAUAGUGGAGACUCCAGUGGGUAAUAAACGUAUCGUCGUGCCAAAGCUUCCAACGAUUAUCGCCUCACGAAUCAAGGCCAAAGACAGGGUGGUCCCAGGACGAGUACUGGAAGGAAACGAGUUGGGCUUCUCGAUCAACGGCUCGCCUCUCGUAGCAGCUCCAACGCAACGACGUGAUGAGGGGAUUGCCGAAGUUGUUGAUCAGGUUUUGUCGCGCCCCGAAGCCGAGCUGACGCCUAUGUCUCGUGAUUUGGCCACCGCCCUCAAAGCAGUUCUUCGCAGCAAGUUCAACGAUCCA